GACUCAGUAUUUAUUUUCGUUUCGACCUGAACACUUUGAUUUUUUUCGCGCGUUGGAGACCACACUGUUUGCAUGUUAUUUUGCUGGGGAAUUUGUGGUUCUUGUUUGUUAUGUGGCUGAGUGUAUUGGUGGAGAAAAGAAGGAUUAUGACCAGAAAUAAGAUAAAGAAGGAGUUUUGACUGGGAAUAGGAACAUAUUAGGGCGAAGGAAAAUAAAAGGGAUCGGUCACUUUUUGGGUCCCGAAUGCAUUUUCAGGCUACAUUGAAUGGUACAUCAGUUGCACUGUUUUAGAAAGCAACGAACAGAAAGUUAAAGUGAAGACUCUGAUCGCACUGGGUGCACCGCGUACUUCGGAUGGGUUGUUUUGUGUAUUUUUUGUGUUGCAAUGUGUACUGAAAGUAUUUAUUUUAGCUGAAACUAAAUGUUGAGUGUAUAUUUUUAUCGACUGAAGACGAGUGUGUCGUGCUGCCGUGUGGGACUAACCGACUUUACUAGUGACUGAAACCGGGGGACAGUGAACUUCUCAAGUAUGAUAAAGUGCAGUGUGUAGUCUCAGAAACACGGGAAAAGAAAAAUUGCCAACAAAGAUCUUCUGCCUUGACCGUACAACAAAGAAACAAGCUUAAGGUGAAAGUAGCUGUAGACAGUGUCGGAUAAAAAAAAUCUUCCGAAGAUAAGGUGUAAGACCUAUCGUAGCUUGAAACUGGACGAUAAGAGUUCCAAUGACCUUGAUGGAAGCAAGAAGAACCGCUAUGGCACUUUUAUCCAAUGGUGCUUCAUCAAUGCAAAUAACACCACAAUCCGGAAACUCCAAGCAGAACAGCAACAAAGAUGGCAAUGUGGAUUUCAACUCAAAUGAUCACAUUUUCUUCUCGAAUUUGUUCAAUGCGCUGCCUCGGUGGGAUGCAGCAGGAAAAGUGAACUCUGGACCAGUAUCUGUGCCACAGAGUGGCAGUGGUGGCGCAGCCAGUUUCAACAAUCCAGCACCUCUGGAUAGAGACAGUGUAAACCUCACCGAUGACGUAUUAUUUUCCAACGUACUAGGUGCAAUAGGAACAACCAGUGGAUGUGCUCCGAUCAACAAUGAUAUUCUAGGUGCAAUAGGUACUCAUAUAACGCCGAGUACUUCGCCACAGACGAACUCUUCGAAUGGAAGUUCGCACUGUGUAUCAUCAUUGGGAGCUGUUUGCGGUCACUGCGACAUACAUGCCAUCAGUCGUUGCUUAGACUGCAACGACGUCAUGUGCGAGGACUGUACCCAUGGGCACCGUAAGAAUAGUUUCACAAAAGACCACUGUGUCAUCGCAAUACACACGAUCUCGCCUAUUGGAACGACUGCAGGAGCACAAUGCAUUCCGGAAGCCAAUCAACCUCAUUGUAAUGUUCACGGAGAGGUUCUACGCUAUAUGUGCGAGUCGUGCAAGAAAAUCGUUUGUCAGGAAUGUACCCUGUGGGAUCACAAGGAUCACACCUAUAUUCCGAUAGCUAAUAUGGCGCAUGGAGCAACAGAGAAAAUGCAAUCUAUCAUAGAGAGCGGCAAACUUGGAACCAAAUACAUUAAGGCAAGCAUCGAUCGUGCUGUGACAUAUUCCCAAGCAGUCGAACGAGAUGCCAUGGAGGCUUCGGCAAGGAUCCGUAAGGCAAUGCGUCACUUCAUCCUUGCCGCUGAAGAUCGUGAACGUACUCUGCUGGAACGUGUUGACAAAUUUCGGCAGCAGAAACUUACGUCGCUCUCCGAUCAAAUGGCAGGAUUGCGAGCAGCUUUGGCUGGACUCUCUCAAACCUCGGAUAUGCUUACGAAAGCUCAAGACUCAGUAGCAACUAUGAACAACAUGGACAUUGCUAAAACAUUGACAGCCGGGGAGAGCCAAAUGGAGCAGUUUGCUGCCAUGUACAAAAACCUACAGCCCAAAGAGGAGUUUAUUACGUUUGUAGCGCCUAACUUUGAACUCUUGCAAGACAUCCGUAUGCAGGGUGACGUACUUCUUGUUGGCCAACGGAGCAACUCGUUUUCGAAUGGCUCAAAUGUGUGCAUCCAACCACCAAGUGGCAACAUACUGACUCGCCGUCCUAUAGUUCGUAGUUCAACCCCUGGCCAGCGGCUAAGUACCUCGUCAUCGUCCUCAUGGGAUCAAAUUCCUUCUUCAAAAACUGUAGUACUGGGGAGUUCCCCUUCAUCGAUCGGCAUCGGCCCAAUCCCGGGGAUGCCAGUACUAGGACAGUGCAUUCCCGGGUGUACUUCGCAUGUUUCGGCAAAGCCAGCUGUUGGACCUAGUACAACCUUCGGCUUCGAUGGACACGAGGAUGGUCAAGUAUCCCGACCAUGGGGAAUUGCUGUCGAUAAAGACGGACAUGUGUUGGUGGCUGAUCGACGCAACAACCGAGUUCAGGUAUUCUAUCCGGAUGGUACUUUCAAGCUGAAAUUUGGAUCCAAGGGGACGGCAAACGGCCAGUUCGAUCUACCGGCCGGAAUCUGCACUGACGGUCAAAAUCGCAUUAUAGUAGUCGAUAAGGACAACCACCGUGUUCAGGUCUUCUCCGCUAACGGACUGUUUCUGCUGAAGUUUGGAAGUUAUGGCAAAGACUGCGGACAGUUCCAGUAUCCUUGGGAUGUGGCAGUCAAUAUCAAAGGCGAGAUUUUGGUGACGGAUUCUCGCAAUCAUCGCAUUCAGCUGUUCAACUCGGAGGGUCAGUUCAUAUCUCGCUUCAGCUUCGAUGGAGCGAACCAUAGCCGGUACCUGAAAGGAUUGACGACCCCUCGUGGAGCUUGCUUUACACCACAAGGAGACGUGAUUAUAUCGGAUUUUGAAAACCAUCGCUUGCUGCUGAUUGACUCUACACUAUCUAAGGUACUUGCCGCCAAAGGCCACGAGGGUACAGCCGUACAUGAGUUCAGCCGUCCGUCUGGAAUAUGCUGCGAUGACGAUGGUCGCGUUAUUGUGGCUGACUCGAAGAAUCAAAGAGUGCUAAUAUUUUCACCACAGCUAGAGUUUCUUUGGGCGGUCGAGAUACGUCCAUCGUCCAACAAUCUGCUCACAAUGGGCAUGGACGAGAAGGAUCGUCCCAGUGAUGUUGCUUUGUUGCCCGACGGCCGCCUAGUGGUGAUGGUGGAAACCUCGCCAGACGCUCGCGACCAGUGCAGUCCCCAGAAGACCUUCAUCCAAAUUUACUAGGAAAAGUUAUAGUUGUUUAAUUUACCUCUUUUUCUUUAUUUAAUUUUUUUCUGAUGUUCGUUUUCAACGAAGUUGUUUUCGAUAGCUAACUGUUUUUUCAUCUACUAGACAAAUUUUACACGGAAGAUUAACGUUGCUACCUCUUGCAUAAAAGCGUAAAUUAUUUCCGUUGAACGUUUUAUAUGUGUAGUAGUGAUACGAUCGAGCAAGCAUCCACUUUUUAUAUACAUUUUAUCACUAGACAAAGAAGCAAUUUACGUAGGAAAUCUCAAUAGUACAAGGACACGAACAUGGUUGAGUAAAUCGUAGUACAAGUUAGUGUAUAACGCGUUAAUUGAAUCGAAGGGAGAAGACAGGACCGGUUGGACAAACGGACGAGAGUCAUCCAGUUGGAUCGUACUGGCAGUUCGGGAUUGGAGAGUGAGCAGCAAUGCUGAGAUGAAGGAAUAUACGCAGAGUGCUAGAAAGUUUUCAGUGGAGAAGACUUUGCACAAAAGACUGAAAAGGAUUACUAGCCAAUUCACUACAGAUACUAUUUUACUCAAAUGCAAUUAUUGUAUUCUGUAGAAGACUUUAUUUUAUGGUGUAACCCAGUUUGUUUUGUUUAAUUGUUUAUGUGCUAAAUUUUCCUUUUUUUUUUGAAGUAAUUACCUGACGACUGCGACACAAUUUAUAUACAGUUAAUAUAAUGUUAUUUUAAUCACAAUGAUGAACGUUUUCCGAGAAAAUAAUGAGUUUGCGCAUUUAACUCUAAUUUUACAUAGUUAAGCAGAUUUUAUUAUAGAUUAUGAACAAAACUCUGUUCAUUUGAUAUAGGUUUUGGCAGCUAGUGAGCUAAAUGUCAUUAUUUUGAGUAUUAUGCCAAGCGGUUUAGUGAUUUAGUUUAGUUUAAGAAAGUGUUUUACUUAGUAAAAGCAUAGAAGCAUGCAUGUACGAACAUGUCCCAGUCAAAAUUGAAAAAAAAAAUAAGGAAGCUACUUUCCAGAGCAUUCAAAAUGACUAAGAUUGAUCUAAAACUUUCAGAGACUAUUAGUCUGAAUCAUCUACUUCAAGAUGAACUCCACCCUGACCUAACAAUUAUACAUUUAUGUAAAUGUCUUCUUAUCUGCGGAAAGCAUCACAAAUACUACUUGAAAAGCAAAGAAAUUUAUGUUAACUACCUUUACCAGUAGAAACUGAGAAGAUAAUAAAACCAAACAGAAACUCUUUCCAAGGAGUGAGUUGCGGCGUUUUUGAAAAAGCCACUGGACUUGUGAUUUUGUACGCGAAACAAAGUGAGCAAGCAGAUAAAACCCAAAUCACUCGUGUAACGAAAAGCGAAGUUGGCAAUAGAGCUAGUGCCAGUAGAAUGGAAUAAAAGAAAAAAAAACGCAUUUCUUUUAAAGGAAGGACAGUGAUUCGAUUAUUAAUCGAUUUCAGGGCAUGCGAAGAAAAUAUAGAGGAAUCCAAUUCGCUUUAAAAACAGAAAUAAAUCAAACAUGCAAAUGUUGCCAUAAAUAAUCUCAAAGACAAAGAAAAAUCAAUUUAAAACCUGAUUUGAUAAUGUAUCAAUUAAAACCAAGAUCAGUUCAGCUAUGCAGUGCAGAAGCGAAAAGGUAACCGUAGAACAGAAGAAACACACGAGAGGACAUCCUAGCUAAAAGUAACGUUGCGUUUAAGAAAUGUAUGAUCAUAUUUAAUCAAAUUAAAUCAAACGACAAAAUAUCUGGGAAGCCCAGAUGAUCUGCGAUUUGCACUUUCCUGAUUAUUAUUUUUAAAAUAAUAUAAAACCUUUAUAAUAUAAUUUAUAAUUGCUAUGUCUAUCACUGAAUAAUCACACUUCAAGAAGCUUAAUCGUAUGUGUUCCCGUGCUUUGAUGUACUUUAUUCAAAUUCCAAAUGAGUAUGCAUAAGUUAAAAUAACUCGAAGCCAGUUUGGAAAGUAAACUAAAACUCGUAAUUAUAGUGUGUGCUAAGAAUGGUUUUCUAUUAAUUAGAUACGAAAUUUGCUUUUAAAAUUAAUUAAUGGAUUUGGACAUUGAAAGUAACUCGAAAUGCAACAGUAAUGCAAUUUAGUUUGUAGUAACGCUAACAUAGCAUAUAUUCUGGCCCCGUUCGGAUGGAAGCAGUUGAAGCGAAAAUACAAAAGUUAACCAAAACGAAAUAACAAAACAACAACACGAAACACUAGUUUUAAGCUGACUGAUCGAAACCAGUAAGACUGAGAAGUUCGACUGAGGAUGAAAACGGAAGAUACAAAGAUAAUGGUAAAUUGUCCAAAUUUUCUAGCAUAAAAUUUACCACGUUCGACCCAAUAUUGACAAGUAAUUGGAUUUUGCUGAAGAGUGAGACUUGAUUAUUGGAUAUAAUGCAACAUAAGCCGCGCGCAAGGAGCAAUACUAAGGUUAAUGAGACUUUGAAGCAUAGGUUACAACUGUAUCCAAAAGUCAACACUCUGUACAUCAUCACAUCAACAGAAAGAUCAUUCAUCAACCGCAUAGAAAAUUCCGAAUCCUCAACGAAACAAACACACCCAAAGAAAGCAUUGAAAAAGACAUCAUAUUCCCCACCAUAGUCUAUUACUAUACUCGAAACAACUGCUAAAUUUGGUUUGACCUACAUGCAAGUUCCUGCUUGGAUAAAAAGUAAUUGAAACUUAUAACUCAUGAGUAUAAAUUGUGCUACUUCUAAUAAGCACAUAGCAAAAUGAUUUAUUUUAUUUUUUCUUUUUAGAAUUUCUUUUUUCAUUUUAUAGAGUGUAAGAUCGGCUUCACUUCAGAAUCGCCAAAAUGUGUUCGAGACGAGAGAUGUAGUAAACAUAAACACUGACUAAAUUUUAGAUCAAAUAUACACACUAUAAAUUGUAUGAUGCUAAAUUAUAUGUAUAAUGAAUACGACACGAAAGUACAACAUUCUCUUUAAUAUCGCUGACUCUAUACAAGAAAGGCUAUCGCAAAAUAUACAUAGAAAAAUAUUGAAAGCAAAAUUAUUCUGAAUAAUUGCAAAUAGUUACCAUAGGAGAAGAAAUGAAUUCUAUGAAACUCUAUUUUAAAAAUGUACAACAACCAAUAAAAUAGCAAUUUCUGGCGAAAAACACAGAAACGCACUAUAUACAACACCCGCAAAUAUUAUUCUUUAUCAUAAUAAAUAGUCUAUAGCCGGCA